GGUCGCAAGAUGGCGUAAUACAUGCGACGCUGCUUUUGACGUUCGCAUAUGAGUUUUUUUUGGUUCCUUCUACUUUGAAAACGCCAGGAAGUGAUUUUUCCUAGCGCGCCGCUUAGUCCACGCACACCCGAUCGAGGAUGUGCCGGAAGGUGUUAGCCGCGACGCAAGCCGUUCGACUAAUCGGUAUUUCGAUUUCGAGUACGUAGUACUUGGCCCCUUAGCGAGGCGCGCACGAGGUCCCGCGAUUGGCCAGUUUACGAAAACGACGAUGGCUCCGUGAGGAGAGAAGAACAUGGCUGCGACGCAAGCCGAGAGCCAACAAAACGAUGUGAAGCUGAACGAGUCCGUGAAAUGCGCACAGAAGCGUACGCAAGUCGGUGGGAAUAGUGCGAGUGCUAGUGCGAAGCAGCAGCUGGAUCCUGAGCCGGACGAUAAAGUGUCCCGGGGCGCGGCCCAGCUGCUUAAAUAUGUGAAUCGCGGCGGGGACACGACGGGCUACGAGAUGAGUCAAUACCGCGAGGACAUUGGCGGACACACUGCUGCCGGUGAGGUAAAAUCGCCGCGCGAGGCCGGCCAGGCGCCCCAGGAGCCCGUCGGCAAGCAAGAGGCGCAUGACGCGCCCGGCCAUCCCGGCCACCCGGGCCAUCCGUUCGCGCCAAACGUGAUACGCGACUACUCAGACGAGUACAGCAACAACAAAUCCGGCGAGUUCGCCGCGGGCAAACCGCUCGCCGAUUAUCCGCCCGGCAAACAGUUACCGGAGUACGUGGCCAAGCAUGCGGACUUUCCCGGCAAGCAGCUGGAUUACCAUGGUAAACACUUGAUGCAUGAGAGCGAGCGGGUGCACCGAACCGCCGAGAUGGAGGAACACUACUCCACAUCCAAGAUCACGGAAUCGCGUCUAGCGUACGUCGGCGCCAAUCCUGGCAACUUCUCUGGCCAGCCGAGGUUUCUAUCUGGACAGAGUAUAUCCCAGACUACUGGUCCGACACCUACGCUGAAUCAGCUGCUGCAGGCGUCUACACCGGUGCAUCGGUUUCAUGGCAAUUAUCCCGGUAUGGGACCCGAGUAUCAACAGCCGUGGCCUAUUCAAAGGCCACCGGUUGUACCUCCUGUUUAUCCACAACCUAGCCAGCGACCUCCACAAACGGGUUCGCCGAGAUUACACACAGGGCCAGGAGGACAAAGUUCUCCAACUCCCAUGCAAUAUCAACAAUAUACCCAACGGUAUUCUUCUCCUACGAGACCUCACGCACCUUAUAGUCAUCAUCAGCUAAACUCUUAUACGACGCAAACCAAUCAUCCCUCAAGCUUAUACACAGAACAAAGGGGGUGGAAUCAAGGUGGUCCACCGAAUCCACCUCCACCGCCAAGUAAUCAGGUCACUCCAUCGGGUCAAUCACCGCAGCGUGCUUUGUCUCAGUCUCCAGCUCCACCACCUGCUGCAUCACCACAACCACAGGCCACCAGCCAAUCUCAGGCUUUUCACAAUCUGCAACAGCGAGCUACAACACCAAAUACUCAAGGGAUUGACUCUGGGGAAUUAUCAGGACAGAAUAGUAAUGACAGUUCGAACGGACCAGCUUGCCCAGGGACACCAAAUUCUCAGGGGAUGAGACCCACCCCGUCACCUACAGGAUCCACAGGUUCUCGCUCGAUGUCCCCUGCUGUUGGCCAACAAAACGUUCAGAUGCCUCCACGUCCGUCGAGUAGUCAGUCGGAUGGUAGUGGGCCAGCACCACGCAUGAGUCACUCUCCUAUGACCACUCAAGGAGCAUACCAGCAGCCAUUGGGUCCUUCACCGCACAUGCACAGUUACAAAAUGAACAGCACCGGUCCUGGCGUAGUGCAACCGGGACCUGGUUCGACGGCUCUCGGUGGAAUCAGCCCAAUGGGUGGUGGGAUGGGCUAUGCAGCUGGUGGGACGGCUGCGGGUCAGCCUGGGGGUUAUCACGCGCAGUCCACCUAUCCACCGCCGCGUCCUCACAUGCAGUUUCCGCAGGGGUAUCCGACGCCCGCAAACUCACAACCACCGCCCAAUAAUCAGUAUCAACCUCCCAACAGACCCAACAAUAUGGUACAAUACCCGCCGUACACGCAUAAAAUGGGCUUCAACAGUGUACCGCCGGGAAUGCCGCCGAGUCCAGGACCGCCGCAGGUUUACGGUGGCAGCGGCACGACCGCGAUGGUGCCGCCUGGCGCACCGGGGGUGCCCGUUAUCGGUAAUAUGGGACCGCCGGCGAGCUCUAUGGGCCCGCCACCGCCGUCUCCCAAUCACAUAAGCAAUCAGCCACCACCGCCUACCAGCUCGGCGGUAUCGCACUUGCACACCCCGGCGGCCACUCCGCCGCUGAAUCACGAGGGCAGCCCGAUGCCGCCGCCGAGCACCACACCAAACUCGCAUCCUGCGUCGGCACCGACGCCAACCAGCCACAAUUCCGCUGAUCUCACAGCUGAGACUUCCAACGACAGCGGUAUAACCACGACCGCUUCAGGUACAUCAGCUAUAAAUGUCAUAUCUACUUCGAGUGGUACUGUGACGUCUGUAAUAACAACAGGUCCAGACGGUACGUCUCUGGAUGAAGGCUCGCAACAGUCAACGUUGUCUAACGCAUCGGCUGCUUCUGGUGAAGAUCCAGCAUUUACGCCAAAAGUGCGGAAGGAAAUGAUGGGAGGAUACCACAGCCAUCCCGCGACACCACAGAGUACUGUUCCGUCUCCGGGUGCUGCUAGCAUUAAUUCGAUUCACGAGGAGUAUUCUGACAUGAACAGUCCUAGUUGGCCGCGUACUCCUGCUAGUCCUGUGUUUAACAGUCAUGUGCCUCAAGACCCGUACAGAUCUAAGAAGCCAGAUAGUCUGGCAAAGUUAUACGAAAUGGAUGACUCGAUGGAACGGAGAACCUGGCUGGACAAACUGGUCAACUUCAUGGAUGAACGAAGAACACCGAUCACCAGUUGUCCCACCAUCUCCAAGAACCCCCUCGAUCUGUUUCGGCUAUACCUCUACGUGAAGGAUAGGGGGGGCUUCAUGGAGGUAUGCAAGGUCACGAAAAACAAAACAUGGAAGGAUAUAGCCGGUCUUUUGGGCAUCGGCGCGAGCAGUAGCGCUGCUUACACGUUGCGCAAGCAUUACACGAAGCAUCUGCUGGCGUUCGAGUGUCAUUUCGAUCGCGGCGGCGUGGAUCCGCAGCCCAUCAUCAAUCAAGUGGAAGCGGGCUCGAAGAAGAAGGGAUCCAAGGGAACUGCUUCUGUACCAUCGCCGGGUUCUUCCAAUUCUCAAGACUCCUUUCCUGCUGCCGGAUCGAGCAAUACUUCCAUGGAUGGCUAUGGAAGCUAUCAGAGUAGUUACGCGACCGGCACACCUGGCGGUCCAUCGACAGAUUACACACCGCCGCCGCCGAGGCCGCCGAGUCAGAGUAGCGCACCCGCCACCCAUCAGGCAAUACAGCAGGGCAGUUACCAGAACACAGGUUCCUAUCAGAACUAUACGCAGGAGCAGUACAUUCGGCCACAGGGAAACGCGCUGUCUCAGCAAGGGGAGUUCAAUCAACCGUACUCGCCCAGAUCGCAUUAUCCCCCUUACGUGCCAGACGUCGACAGGGGAUAUCCUGGUGGUAACAUGCCGCCGAACAACGCCACUGGACAAGACAUGUACAACAGAUACACCAGCGGUCAGCAAGGUCCAGCUAGUUAUCCGACGGCAACGCCUCCGACUGUCGCGCGGACCAACAACUAUCCAUCGGGGCCGCAAGCGCAUCCGGCCACUGUGCAGCAGCAAACGGCGACCAGCCAGCCUUCCUCGCCCUCGCAACCGCCAGCCGCGACGUCGUACUCGUGUCCGCAAGAUUACUAUCGACAGGAACAAACCGGAUAUGGAGCACCCAGUGGAACUCAAAUAUACGCCGGAGGUGGGGCGGCCAACAAAAACAUGCCACCGCCUCCUCCAGGACCCACCCAACCUAGACGUCAUCCAGACUUUGCCAAAGACCAACAGUAUCCUCAGUAUAAUCAGCAACGACCUGCGUAUCCAGGAUGGCCCAAUACAACCAAUCAGUACAAUAGUAAUAGUGGAAAUAAUAGGGUUCAAUACCCGAGCCAGCAGACGCAAUCGCCGUCGCAGCCACCGCCACAGCCGCAACCACAACAAGGAGCCCAAGUCGUCACGCCUGCCCCAGCUGCACCGGCAGUCGGCGCUAUGACUAAUAGUCAACAAUGGGGCAGCCAACAGCCAACCAGGUCUCCGUCUCAACCAUCGCUAAACGCUAUAGCGCACGCGCCUCCGCCGUGGGAUCAUCGCUAUACGAAUCAACCGUCCCCUUUGUACCCAACACCCGGAAGUCAUCAGAAUCAACUCGUGAAUCCCAUGAUCAGUCAGCAACCGACGUCAAAGAGAGAAAUGACAUUCCCUCCUGACAGCGUGGAAGCAAUCACGCCUCUUUUGUACAAGCGACGAAAACUGGCGCGCGCCGACGUGGCGCCAGUAGAAGCUUGGCGCAUUAUGAUGGCUUUGCGAUCGGGCCAACUUGCCGAAAGUUGCUGGGCCCUCGACGUAUUAAACAUUUUGUUAUACGAUGAUUCUUCCGUAAGCUAUUUCGGCUUAACGCACUUGCCCGGAUUACUGGACGUUCUGCUGGAACAUUUCUCGCGUUCGCUCUCCGACAUGUUUGAGUCGUCUGUGAGCGAUGACGAUCGCUAUUGCCAGGCCGCGGAUGGUCCUGAGGUAGAUCUCGGCGCGGUGACGCGCCCCAUCGAUCCUGAAGAUCGAAUGAAAUUGCUGUCGACACCAAAUUAUACGUAUCUCUCGAGGAGAGGUCGCCCCGUGAAGAUUGUUCCGCGGGACGACGAUCUGUUCGUUCUGGACACCCGAAGACCUUGGGAUCAUCAGGAGUGCGAGUCAGAGACCGAGCCUUGGCAGGUGGAUGCGAACGCGACCAAAUACAUCGCGACGUGUUUUCAAUCCGAAAUAGGCUCGGUGCCUUUCGCCCGUUUGCUGAGGGACGAAAAACCGCCGUUGCUGCAGAAGGAAGUCGACAGCACGGACUUGAAGGAGGAAGCCAAAGCAGACAGUGUCAGCGGUGCCAAUGAGACGCCGGAUUUCACUCACAAGUCAGGCGAGCUCGGCGACAAGCAGUCCGGCAAGGAGGGCGGCGAGCGUAAACAACAACAGCAACAGUUGGACAAAAAGAAAAAGACGAAGACUCUGAGUGACGUGUUAUCGAGGAUCAAGAAGGAGCCCGUGGAGAUGAACGAUCUCACGAGAGAACUGUUCGAGAAGAAGAACGAUGGCUUCAAGAAGGAUUGUGACAGUGAGACGACGAAAGCGAACAAUAAUAUGGACGAGCACUUCGGCAGCGACGUGUCGAAGAACGAUGAGGACUCACUGCCGACGCAGAACGGACUGAACGACUCGGCGCCAGCGACGACGAGCAACGUGGACAACAGCACCGCAGACAAGGCCGAGAUCAAGACGGAAGCGACGGAAGAGCACGAGCUGGGGACGACGAGGGACGACAAGGAGGGACCAAGAUUAAACAUAAAAGAUCCGGCAGGUACGCUAAAGCGACGGAGGAUAAGCGACUACGAGGACGAGAGCUACUCGAGGGAUGAAGCGAGUCUCUAUCUGGUGACGGAGACGCAGGACAAUCUCGCCCGUCGCUGCGUGUGCCUGUCAACGAUCUUGAGGAAUCUCACCUUUAUCCCCGGCAACGAGGCGGAGUUCGCGAAGAACGUCACGUUUCUCAGUCUGCUCGGCAAGCUGCUGCUGCUGCACCAUGAGCACCCGGUGCGGGCGCAAAAGACGCGCAAUUACGAUCGCGAAGAGGACGCGGACUUCGCGGACUCGUGCAGCAGUCUGCAGGGCGAGAGCGAAUGGUGGUGGGACUUUCUGCAUCACGUAAGGGAGAACGUUCUCGUGAUGGCCGCGAACAUAUCCGGCCACAUGGACCUCAGCCAGCACCCGGAGGAGAUUUCGCGGCCCGUGCUCGACGGACUUCUGCACUGGGCCGUGUGCCCGGCAGCGCACGGCCAGGACCCGUUCCCGACCGUCGGGCUGAACUCUUCGCUGUCGCCGCAGAGACUCGCGCUCGAGGCGCUGUGCAAGUUAUGCGUGACCGAGUGCAACGUCGACCUGGUGGUGGCGACGCCACCCUACUCCCGAUUACAAAGAUUAUGCUCCGUGCUGACCAGGCUGCUCUGCCGCAGCGAAGAGCAAGUGCUGCGCGAAUUCGGCGUGAAUCUGCUGCACUUCCUGUCCGCUGCGGACAGCGGCGUGGCGCGCACCAUCGCUCUACAGACACCGUGCGUCGCAUUGCUCGUCGCGUUCAUCGAGCAGGCGGAAUCGAGCGCUCUCGGGGUCGCGAAUCAGCACGGUCUCGCGGCGCUGCGCGACAAUCCCGAGUCGAUGGGUACGAGCCUUGAUAUGCUACGACGCGCGGCUGGUACGCUGCUCAACCUCGCCAGGCAUCCGGACAACCGAACGCUCCUCCUGCAGCACGAGUCCCGUCUGCUCGCCUUGGUGAUGAGCCAGAUCUUAGAUCAGCAAGUGGCCGCGAUAGUCGCGCGUGUGUUGUUCCAGUGUUCGAGGGGCACGUAACUCUAUGUCGUCUGAGACACUUGAUUGCGGACUCGCGUUUAUGAUACGGUGCCGACGACGAUGAGUAAGGACGCACUCGACAAUGAUGAUGACGACGACGUUGGUAUAUACGUUGUGUAUGGACGGCUGUUAGUGCAUUAAAAGCGAAAGGGCGAAAGCGGGAGAUAGUGAGGGAGAGGGAUAUAUUUGACAGAGAGACAAAGGGGGGGAAGGGUUGGGGGACAAAGAGAGAAAGAGAGAGAGAGAGAGAGAGAGAAAGACGCGCGCGGGACGAGAGACAGCGCGUGAGAGUGAAGGAACAAAAGUGCUGAUGAGAGCCAUGGCAGCGCAAUUGUAGUUUUAUAUCGAUUAAACAGAAAAUAAGAAAGUUAAUUAUCGGUGUUAGCGUGUAGGUAUACCCGAUGCGAUCUCCGCUCAUCGGUAUACCUUCCCCUUCGUGAAUUGGAAUAAUAUCGAUAGUGUAAGAUAUUUCAUAGUUAAUGAAAGAAAAAGAUAUAUACACAUAGGAAACACACGUACACACGGAUCCUUUUAAACAACACAGGCACACAUCCCAUACCCCAAAGCACACACAUAUACACACACACACUCACACACAAAAUACACGUACACACAUAGAGAACAUACACACACAUACACACACGCGUGCACUCAACAUAUACAUUACACUAGCGUGCAAGCGCAACGUAUAUACACACACACACAUAUAUACGCAGUAAAAAAACGGACUUUCAAGAGACAACGGUCAACUGCAUAAUAAUAUAUAUACCACGAAGUAUGUUGGCGAACCUUAACGGUGCGAUGUGAAACGAUAUAUCGGAUGAUUAUAUAUAAAUAUUAAACGAUAAUAUAAUGCAAAUUUUUAUAUUUGCAUGUUUUGUGCUGUAAUUAGCGAGUAAUUAAGAUAUUUUGUAGAUAACACACACUUCCAUUGAAUCUUAUUCGAUUUUUGUGCUACGGCUACGGUGGCGCAAAUAUACGUUUGCGGUCGUAGGACCGCAAGAAGUCUCGACUUUAGAAGCACAGGCAGAACUAGAACUGAAGAAAGACAUUGCUAGAAGAGAAAAAAAUAAUAUGACGUGUGAUAAAAGCUGCUGAAUGAGAAGAGAGAGGAGCAGGGAGAGAGAAAGAGAGAGAGAGAAGAGAGCGAGAGAGAGAGAGAGCGAGAGAAAGAAAGCAUGUGCGAAAGCGAGAAGAAAAUGCGAGGAAGCAUUCAUGCAUGCUUGCGGGACUUGAAUGAGUUGCAUGUAUGUGUUGUAUGUAUGUAUUAUAUGUGAGACUGAGAGAAAAAAAGAGAGAGAAAGAGAGAGAAGCAAGACAGAGGAAAGGAAUCAUAGAGGAGGAGAAAGGAAGAAAGAAAAAAAAAGUAGAGAGGACAGAUAUAUGUCGCCUAUAUAUAUGUGAAUGAGAACGAAUGAGAAACGUGCAUGCGAAGCGUGUAUGUAAUAGGCGUGAUUGCGAUGCGUGCAUACGCUUCGGCGAGUCCGCCCGAGUGUGCGCGUAUAUUAAUGUAAAAGAUGACAUUAGACGAGGGAAAAAAAAUGUGCGGAUGUGCGUGUGUGUGCGUGCGUCUGUGUGUACGAAGGAUGGGGGUGCUGGUGGAAAAAGGGUUGGGGAUAGUGUCUGUGAAAAGAAGAAAACACAAAGCUUGUGGAGCUAAGUAACUAAUUAAUUUAAGUAAUUACUCAGAUCAUUGCUAAUUUUAUAGGAAUUACACUUCAAUCGAUAGAUUUCUGUGAAUUCUAAUUUCUUUUUUUCUUUUCUUUUCCUUUUUUUUUAAAUGGCUUUUAUUUUCAAAGAGAGAUUUAAAGGGUAGAGUGAAUCUAACUGCAGUCUUCUCGUUACGUUUAUUACGUUUAUAAAUACACAUAUUUAUAAACGUAAUUAAAAAAACGCCGUUGUGAUAACAAAAAAAAGAAAGAAAAAGACGAAGAAGCGGCGGAGGAAAAGGGCGGAAGAUAAAGGAAAAAAAUCGACAUUGCAGAAGCACAUGAAACUGUUUCUGGGCGAUAAUGUAGAAACGAAUAUAUUAAAAAGAUGAAAAAAAGAAGAGGAUUUUUAAAUUUAAGCUCGAUCGUGCCAUUAAACGAUUCUAAUGGGAAUAUAUUUAUAAUCAAGAUUUUAUGCUUUUUCAAAGCGCGCAUGCGUUAUUGUAAAACUAACAAAUACCGAUUGUCAGCUUGCACAUAUUUUGACGAUUCUUACGAUACAUACAUUUACCUAAUUGUAAAAUCCCACUCUCACAUACGUCUACGCAACAGUUGCAAAAGGAAAAAAAGGAGGAAAAGGAAAAAAAAACUGAAUGACGCGCUCGAACUCGUCGUCGCACACCUUCCACUGGUAACAAUUCCUCAUUUCGUAGGAGUGAAUCUUAAAGAGGGAUGGAAUGAGAUUUUUAGUUGUCACACGCGACAUGUAGCCGUUGAAAAAAAAAAAA